UAUUUGUGGUUAUUGAAAACUUUUUUGAAUUGAAUGAAGUUCCAUUUGUUUUGGAUCCAGAUGAUAUUGAUGAUAAUGAUGGUUCAAGUUUGGAGAACAAUAUGAAUGAUGAAGUUGGUGAAUCAAAUGAAGAUUGUACAAAUGAUUAUGAUUUGGAUGAUGUGGUGCAAAAUUAUGUAGAUUAA